AUGGCGGCAGGGCCCGCCGGAGAUGAACUGGCACGCUCGAUGAGCCGACAUUCGAGUUUAUCGGCAUCUUUUAGGAACUGGGCUUCAGCUAGCAUUAAGGAGGCUUUUCCAGGGGUACCUGGAGGUGAUGCUUUCGAAAAAACUAGUGUACAAGAGGACGAAGAGGAACUUAGAUUGGCUGCUAUUGAAAGGCUCCCCACUUAUGAAAGAUCAAGAAAAGAUAUAUUGAAUCAAGUUCAUGAUGAUGGGAGAAUCCGAAGAAAUGAAAUCUCAAAUGUUGAUCAUCUGGAUACGAAGCAGACUAUUGCGAGUGUUCUUGAAGUCGUUAAAGAUGAUCAUGAGGGUUUUCUUCGACGUAUUCGAGAAAGGAUUGAUAGGGUUGGGAUCAAAACUCCGAAGAUUGAAGUUCGUUACAAUAAUCUAUCAGUUGAAGGAGAUGUAUUCAUAGGGUCUAGAGCACUUCCAACAUUGUUGAAUUCCAUCCUUAAUACCAUUGAGGGAUUUCUCCAACUCAUUAGGCUUGUUCCAUCCAACAAAAAGAUCCUCAAAAUAUUGCAGGAUUUGAGUGGAAUCUUGAAACCUUCAAGGAUGACACUACUUCUUGGACCGCCUGGCUCUGGGAGGACAACCUUCAUGAGGACACUUGCCGGAGUAGUACAAAAGGAUUUAAGAGUAACCGGAGAAGUUACUUAUUGUGGUCAUAAAAUGUCCGAGUUCAUUCCUCAAAGGACUUCCGCGUAUAUUAGUCAACACGAUGUUCACCAAGGUGAGAUGACAGUUUGGGAGACACUUGACUUUGCAGCACAUUGUCUCGGUGUAGGAACCAGAUAUGAUCUAUUGGUAGAACUGUUGAGACGCGAGAGAAUUGCAGGGAUCACACCAGAUCCUGAUAUUGAUGCUUUCAUGAAAGCCACGACAAUGACUGGACAAGAAUCUAGUUUGGUUACAGACUAUAUUCUCAAGAUACUUGGACUAGAUAUAUGUGCUAAUAUCAUGGUGGGUGAUGAGAUGCGUAGAGGAAUCUCCGGUGGCCAGAAGAAACGCGUCACUACUGGAGAAAUGUUGGUAGGGCCUGCAAAGGUAUUCUUCAUGGAUGAAAUUUCUACUGGUUUGGAUAGUUCAACUACUUAUCAGAUUGUUAAAUAUAUGAAAGAAAUGGUUCAUAUAAUGGAUGCAACUAUGAUGAUCGCCCUUUUACAACCUGCACCCGAAACCUUCGAGUUAUUUGAUGACAUUAUACUCCUUUCAGAAGGUCAAAUGGUGUACCAAGGCCCGCGUACGAAUGUUCUUGAUUUCUUCGAAGAGGUAGGAUUUAAAUGCCCGAAAAGGAAAGGAGUUGCGGAUUUUUUACAAGAGGUUACUUCAAGAAAGGAUCAAGAACAAUACUGGUUCAGAAAAGAAGAACCUUACAGAUUCAUAUCUGUGCCUGAGUUCACUCAGUUGUUUGCUCGGUCUCAACUCGGCCAGAAUCUUUAUAACAGUCUUGCAAGUCCUUAUGACAUUACUAAAGUCCAUCCUGCUGCUUUGGUAGAUCAAAAGUAUGGUAUAUCAAAUUUGGACCUUUUAAGAGCGAAUUUAGCAAGAGAAUGGUUGCUAAUGAAGCGUAACGCCUUUUUGUACAUAUUCAAGACAUGUCAAAUAACGAUAAUGUCGAUUAUCGCGUUCAGUGUGUUCUUUAGGACAACGAUGAAAAGUGGUCAGCUUAAAGAUGGUGGAAAGUAUAUGGGUGCAUUGUUUUUCAGUCUUAUUAAUAUGAUGUUUAAUGGGGCUGCUGAGCUCGCGCUCACCGUUAUGAGGCUUCCUGUGUUCUAUAAACAAAGGGAUUCUUUGUUCUACCCUGCGUGGGCAUUCGCGGUCCCCAUUUGGCUUCUAAAGAUCCCUAUAUCAGUCGUUGAAUCUGUAAUAUGGAUCGCGAUAACAUAUUAUACCAUUGGGUUUGCGCCUGCCGCUUAUCGGUUUUAUAAACAACUUUUGGCUUAUAUCAGUGUGCACCAAAUGGCUUUGUGCCUCUUUCGAUUUCUUGCUUCAAUCGGGAGAAUACAGGUGGUUGCAAGUGCUCUUGGGACCUUUACAUUGUUAAUAGUCUUUGUGCUAGGCGGAUUCAUCGUAGCAAAAGAUGACAUUGAGCCAUGGAUGAUAUGGGGUUACUACAUUUCUCCCAUGAUGUACGGACAGAACGCCAUCAUGAUCAACGAGUUUUUAGAUGAUAGAUGGAACACUCCGAAUCCUGACCCACGAAUCAACGAACCAACAGUAGGAAAAGUUCUUCUGAGUUCUAGAGGCAUGUUCACAACUGACUAUAUGUUUUGGGUUUGUGUUGGCGCACUCAUUGCGUACUCAGUGAUCUUUACCAUCUUCUUCGUUUUGGCAUUGACAUAUUUGAAUCGUAAGUUUAUUCUUUCUUAUUGGAUCAGACCAAAUAAGGAGAAUUUACUGAUUUCAGGUACAGAAGAAAUGGCAGCUAAAAAGAAAGGAAUGGUGCUUCCAUUUCAGCCACUAUCACUUGCAUUUGAUCAUGUCAAUUACUACGUCGAUAUGCCUGCGGAAAUGAAAGCUCAAGGAAUUACGGAGGAUCGUUUACAACUACUAAGAGAUGUAAGUGGUGCAUUUAGGCCGGGUGUUCUAACAGCAUUGGUUGGUGUUAGUGGUGCCGGGAAGACAACAUUAAUGGAUGUUUUAGCCGGAAGAAAAACCGGUGGCUACAUUGAAGGGGACAUCAGCAUUUCUGGGUACCCAAAGAAACAAGAAACGUUCGCUCGUGUGAGUGGAUACUGUGAACAAAACGAUAUCCAUUCUCCACAUGUUACAGUUUAUGAAUCACUUGUUUAUUCCGCUUGGCUUCGACUCGCUCCAGAUGUAAGCGAUGAAGCAAGACAGACAUUUGUGGAGGAAGUAAUGAAUUUGGUAGAGCUGAAUUCUGUAAGGGAUUCACUAGUAGAGCUUCCGGGGGUAAGCGGUCUCUCGACUGAACAACGAAAAAGACUCACUAUAGCUGUUGAGUUGGUGGCUAACCCAUCCAUUAUCUUUAUGGACGAGCCCACAUCAGGACUUGACGCAAGAGCUGCAGCCAUUGUCAUGAGAACGGUUAGGAACACGGUUGAUACUGGCAGAACUGUUGUCUGCACCAUUCACCAGCCGAGUAUCGACAUUUUUGAAGCAUUUGAUGAGCUAAUGUUGAUGAAAAGAGGUGGUCAGGUUAUUUAUGCUGGACCUCUUGGACACCAUUCUAGGCUACUAGUCGAAUACUUCCAAAAAAUUUCAGGGAUUACAAGAAUAAAAGAUGGUCAAAAUCCCGCAACUUGGAUGCUUGAAGUCAGUUCUUCCACGGUUGAAGCUCAACUUAAUGUCGAUUUUGCAUCAAUCUAUGCUCAGUCUGAACUUUACAGAAGGAACCAGGAGCUCAUACAAGACUUGAGCACACCCGCGCCUGGAGUCCACGACCUACAUUUCCCAACAAAAUAUUCACAAUCAUUUUUCGAACAGUGUAAUGCCUGUUUAUGGAAACAACUACUUUCUUACUGGAGACAUCCACAGUACAAUGUUGUUCGGUUCUUGAUGACGACAGUGAUCGGGGUAAUGUUUGGAAUAAUUUUCUGGGACAAAGGCCAAAAAACGAGUCAACAACAAGAUUUGAUGAACAUGCUUGGUGCUAUGUAUGCUGCUGUUAUGUUUCUUGGAGGAACAAAUACGCAAUCGGUCCAGACUGUCGUGUCAAUAGAGAGGACCGUUUUCUAUCGUGAAAAAGCCGCAGGGAUGUAUUCCCCACUCCCGUAUGCAUUCGCCCAGGUCGCGAUUGAGGUGAUUUACGUAUGCAUUCAAACGUUAAUUUACAGCCUUCUACUUUACUCGAUGAUUGGAUUCGCUUGGUCAGCUAGCAAAUUCUUGUGGUUCUAUUUCUUCGUAUACAUGUGUUUUAUCUACUUCACAUUGUAUGGAAUGAUGCUUGUCGCUCUCACCCCAAACUACCAUAUUGCGGCGAUUACUAUGUCGUUUUUCCUCAGCUUUUGGAACCUGUUUUCUGGCUUCAUUAUCCCUAGAACACAAAUUCCGAUAUGGUGGCGUUGGUAUUACUGGGGUUCUCCGGUUGCGUGGACAUUAUACGGGCUUAUAACCUCUCAGGUGGGUCAAAAUGAGGACCUAGUUGAAGUGCCUGGAGCAGGUUCGGUUCCGGUUAGGGAAUUCAUCAAGGAUUACAUGGGAUUCGAGUACGAUUUUCUUGGUUAUGUUGCAAUGGCUCAUGUUGGUUGGGUUGUUUUAUUCUUUAUUGUAUUCGUGUGUGGCAUCAAAUUUCUUAAUUUUCAGAAAAGAUAA